AUGAUGUUGGGUCGCUCAGGUCGAUCAGGUGGACGACGGCCGUUCUCCACGUUGAUGAAGAAACUGGCCAACCUGAAAUCUUCCUCCAAUGGUGAGGGUCACCGACACACAAAAGACAGCGCAAAGCUGCGCCCAUCCAAGAACAACAACCCAUACCCCGAGUCCGGUCGCCUUCCGCCUGCUACCACGAAUAGAGAGAGCCAGUACACAGAAUCCACGGAUCCUAGCAGAAGAUCAUUCAGCAUUGUGUCGGGCGAUCAAAAUGCUUCAGUCAGAAUAUCCGACGAGGGGCAACCACCACCCACAGUGGGAGCUCGCUCCAUGGCGCCAACCGUAUCGACCGAGCACGACACAUCACGAUCAAUGACGGCGACGUCGCGCGGAGUACCAUCAAUUACCAACACAACCUACACCGUGAACGGCCGGCGAGGCGGCGAUAGCACCUUCUCAUCCCCGGCGCCUUCCGUCAGGUCCUUAACCACAACCCUUACAACAAUCCAAACCGCGGCGCCAAACACGGCUGGCGGUGGCGCCCAAAACACAACCUCAGCCAGCAACGGCAACCAAUCCAACUCGCACAUCAUUCACUUCAACCAGCCCUUUCCGACCGCCUCCCCCGCCUCCGCUAUCCCCGCCCACCUCGCAACCGCCGGCGCCAAUUCCACCACGGGCCACCCGACAACCUAUCACACCGCCACAGCUAACAACCUCCUCACCGACAACGCUUCCAUCCUCACACUUGCCUCCUCCUCCAAGCGCGGCCGCCGCCGUUCAUUCGACACAGACGCCUCGGUGCGGGCGCUGGCUCCUUCGUCUCUGUGGGGAGGAAGCAGGGAAUCCCUGCCAUUGAGCGUGCUAAGCGCCAACUUGGAAAAUCCCGGCAUCCCCACCACCCCGGGGCUCCACAGGACGGGGACCGGUGGGGUCGGAGGUGAGCGGGCGAGCAUCUACAGUGCCACGACGGGGAAUUUCGGGGUGAGCAGUGAGAGGAAUAGCUUUUAUGCGAAGCAGGGCCUUGGGAGUGUGGUUGGUGGUGAUAGGGAUACUGCCAGUGUGAGGAGCGGGCUGUUGGGACAUGGGAGGGCGGAGAGUAUCAAUGGGAGUAUUGGGUUUGGGAGGGGGGAUAGUGCUGUGGCCGCGGCACCGAGUCCGUUGACGAGUGCGAGGGAGGUGCAGGGGUAUGUUGAGGAGGAGGGGGGGAGUGGGAGUGCUGGGGCUGGGACUACCAAGGAGUAA